AUGCACAGUUGUAGAACCUAGGAAUCUGAGGAUAUUUGUAAAGAUAGUUUUUAAAUGCAAGUGAGUUCAUAUUUUUUGCUUCAUUGAUAACCACUCUAUGCGUAUCAAAUGUCUCUGAAUCAUAAAUGCAGACUGAGUAGAAGGAAGGACUCAAUGAUGAGAAACCACACAGUAACAACUUUUAUCCUGCUGGGACUCACAGAUGAGCCACAGCUGAAGACUCUGGUUUUCAUCUUCCUGUUUCUCACCUACAUGCUGAGCGUCACUGGGAACCUGACCAUCAUCUCCCUCACCUCCACAGACUCUCACCUCCAAACUGCCAUGUACUUUUUCCUACAAAACUUCUCCUUCUUGGAAAUCGCAUUUACAUCUGCUUGUAUUCCCAAAUACUUGUACAACAUAUCAACAGGUGAUAAGACCAUCACAUACAACAGUUGUGCUACUCAACUAUUUUUUACUGAUCUCUUUGCUGUAACUGAGUUUUUCCUCCUGGCCGCCAUGUCCUAUGACCGCUACGUGGCCAUCUGCAAACCCCUGCAUUACGUGACCAUCGUGAACCACACGGUCUGUAGGAGACUCAUCAUUGGUUCCUGGCUGGCUGGCUUGUUGAUCAUCAUCCCUCCAUUUAGCCUGGGCCUAAAGCUGGAAUUCUGUGACUCCAAUGUCAUUGACUAUUUUUUUUGUGAUUUAGCCCCCCUCCUAAAGAUCUCAUGCUCAGAAACGUGGCUCAUAGAGGAGACGGUCACAGUCUGUGCUGUGUUGGCCUUUAUCAUGACACUUGUGUGUGUGGUUCUAUCCUACGUGUACAUCCUCAAGACCAUUUUGCAAUUCUCUUCUGCCCAGCAAAGGAAAAAGGCAUUUUCUACAUGUUCUUCCCACAUGAUCGUGGUCUCCAUCAGCUAUGGAAGCUGUAUCUUCAUCUAUGUUAAACCUUCACCAAAGGACUCACUGGCUGUUAAUAAGGGUGUGACACUGCUCACUACAUCCAUUGCUCCCAUGCUAAGUCCUUUCAUUUACACCUUGAGAAACAAGCAAGUGAAACAAGCUUUCAAUGAUGCAAUCAAAAGAACUGCAUUAUUCAAAAAGGACUAAUGGAAUUCAUUCAUGUAGAAGAAUCAGUUUUUCAUAAAAAGAUCAUUAGUUCCUCAGUGUGUGCCUUUGAGUUUUCAAAUCAUUCCCAUCCUAGGAUGGAAGUCUCAGUUUCCUCUCUUAAAAAGAAGAGAAAAUACAUUUCUAAGAAACAAAAGAAUGAACUUACACCUUAGCAAGCCUUGACAAAACUGCUAAAAACAAAAGAAACAAAAGCCACAAGUUCAUUGCAUAUUUCAAAGAGGGUAAUUGUGCUGAUUGCCUUUUUCUUUUCCAGAUUUUAAGAGUGUUUUUGGAUGCCAAGCAGAAAAAAAAAAAAAACUGGUACUGGAAAGUAGACUGGAAAAUCCAUUAAUGUCUUAUUGCUUUGAAGGGAUCCAAGACCAGGGCAUUCAAUAAAAUAUAAACAUCGCAAAGAACAAUAACAAAAAUAGUAUUUUUCAGUUAAAAAGGGAAACUAUUUCAAAUUAUCGUAUCUUAAUGUAGAAGCUGAAUUCUAACUAUAGUCCCCUACGAUAUUGAAUAUCUAAAAAUGACAGACUAACAGAUCAAUUUAAACAGAAAACAUGUGAAUUUAAAGUGUUAAUAGCUCCUCGAAGUAAAUUUGUGAGGAAAGGGAUAGAUAGCUACAUCUGUGUUUGCUUCUACAUUUUCACUAUGACUCUAUGGAUUUGUUGGCAACAAGCUAAAAUAAUUAGAAGAUAGUAAAACUGCAAAAAGUGAAAGUAAGUGAAAAACCUGGAUGCAUCUAGAUUUGGCACAAAAAUGUCUGCAACUCAAAGGAUGUGACAGUGCUUACUACUUCCUAUACUGAACUUCAUUCUGUUGACUUACGUAGACUGCCAAUUAUUUCUCCAGCAAAAAAACAAAAACAAAAAAACAAAAAAAAACAAAAAAACAAAAAAACAAAAAAAAACAAGGAAUUUUUAUUUGUAGUCUGCAACCAUGGUGAGCCACAUACACAUCCUCACACAACAAGAAGAGGAGGACAAUUCUAAAGAGGGGAAAGGAAGCUGGGAGGACUACAGUACACAAAGUGUGCAUGGUUUUUCACUGGCUGAGUCCUGACAGUCUCUCAUUGGCUGAGCUCUGGCCAGGCAAGAAGAGGAAGUCUUUCUUCUUCUUCUUGGGCUCUGCUGUUGUCCUAGGGCUUAAGAAACCCCAUUCAAGGCUUCUUACUUCUAUUUGGUUGACUUUUCCACUGAUUAACUUUUUCAGUUUAUACCUUGAGAAACACAAGUAGAACAGAUGUCCAUAACCUUUCCAGGAAUUUGAUUGUGACCUAUCGCAAAAAGAAUUCUAUAGCAGUAGCAGGUGGAAAUAAUCCUCUUUUGAUAUGUUGGAUUUUCUAAAAUAUAACACUAAAAUCAAUUCAUUUUUAUUUCAUAAUAUGGCUACUAGAAAAUCCCAAGUUACCUCUGUGGCUCAUGUUAUAUUGAAAGGCUUCAGAUUAACCAAGCUGCUUACUAGACCCAAAAUUCAAAUUCUGUAUAUUUGACCCCAAAUUUUGUUUCCGACUUAAGGAAGUCUUCACCAGACAAACACUUUCAACAAGAUAUCUUCAAGAAACUCCUCAAGCAAACUCUACAUGUAUUAAAACCCCUAUAAGUAACACAAAUAACAGAAGUGUUCACAGUAAGCUUAACCUAUGAAAUGCAAUGCAUCUUCUUAAUAGAAGGCUGAUAAUGAAAAGUGAAAUUAA